GGCGGAGGCAGAGGCAGAGGGGCGCCCUGAGACUCCUGAGGCCCAGGGAGGGCCGGGGCUCGUGGCCAAGGGGCAUGGCGGCAAGGACUAGCGGGCUGCCCGCAGACUGAGCCCGAGAGAGGGAGGGAGGGAGGGAGGCAGGGGCGAAGGCAUGGGGGCCCCUGAGCCGCCCCCUCGCUCCCUGGGGCCCGGAGCCGGUCGGGCUGGCGGAGAGGCCAUGCAGGGGGCGCCGUGAGCGAGGCCUGCCGCCGAGGGAUGGUGGAGGGGGUCCAUCGGGGCCCCCCUGCACUGGAGAGAGAGCAUGGAGAAGUCGAGUAGCGAGGAGUCCUCCAUCCACCGGAGCCCGUCCCUGGAGAGCAAGGAGUCCGCCAAGCCCUCCUCCUCCUCCCUCCCGGGCGGCGGCAGGCCCUUCGGACGAGGCUUCACCGCCGGAGCCUUCUACGGUUCUGCCGGCGGCGGCGGCGGCGGGUCUGGCAGCCACCAGGAGCCCAGCGGCGCCGAGGCCGAGGCUGGCGCCAAGAGCAGGGACAAAUGCGGCGGUGGCCCCAGAGGCAGCAGCAGCAAAUACGUCGUCUUUUACCUGGAUCUAUCCUUUGUUUUCCUCUUAGAAUUCAAGAAGUGCAGCAUGGCGAGAGGCUGCUUGUGCUGCUUGAAGUACAUGAUGUUCCUCUUCAACCUCGUCUUCUGGUUAUGUGGCUGCGGGCUCCUGGGCGUUGGAAUAUGGUUGUCAGUGUCACAAGGAAACUUUGCCACAUUUUCUCCCAGCUUCCCAUCUCUGUCAGCUGCCAACCUAGUCAUUGCCAUGGGUACCAUCAUCAUGGUGACGGGCUUCCUGGGUUGCUUGGGUGCUAUCAAAGAAAAUAAGUGCCUCCUCCUCAGUUUUUUCAUUGUUUUGCUGAUCAUUCUCCUGGCUGAGCUGAUAUUACUCAUUUUGUUCUUUGUUUAUAUGGACAAGGUUAAUGAAAAGGCAAAGCAAGAUUUGAAAGAAGGUCUCAAGCUUUACAACACAGAAAAUAAUGUUGGGCUGAAGAAUGCUUGGAAUAUCAUUCAAGCAGAGAUGCACUGCUGUGGAGUUACUGAUUACACAGAUUGGUACUCAGUGUUGGGUAACAACAUUGUUCCUGACAGAUGCUGCAUGGAAAAUUCCCAAGACUGUGGUCGAAAUUCCACCAACACGAGUUUAGUGUGGAAAACGGGUUGCUAUGAAAAAGUGAAAAUGUGGUUUGAUGAUAAUAAGCACAUUCUUGGGACAGUUGGGAUGUGUGUCCUCAUAAUGCAGCAUAAUCUGAAAAGGGCAUUUUCCACACACCAUUGCCCUUAAAAAAUUGAUACUGGGCAUGGCUUUUUCCAUGACUCUCUUCCAACAAAUUCACAGGACUGGUAAAAAAUACGAUGCCUAAAACAAUGCAUUUUUAACCACAACAGUACUUCUCUCUUGCCAUUGGAAGAAAACCACCCUGAAAAAAAGAAUCAAGCUUUGUCCUACUUGGGCUUCCAUCCCAUCAGUCAAUCUACAGCAUCUUUUUCAUACCUGAUUAAAAACUGGACUUACUUUUUGUUUCUUCUCAUUCACCAUUUUUGCCAAAGAAGAGAUGAAAGCUACUGAAAAGAAAUCACAAUAAUUCCAAGAUCCACUGUUUAAACAACAACUAGCAUUAUUUAAGGACUGACCUUAUAUGGCCUGUAAUUCUAUACAGUCCUAUCAGUUCUAUAAAACUGAGACUUACUUUUCAAGUUGGCAUGCAUAGGAUUGCGUUGCUACUAUAUUAAUCUGUAUUACACUUAUGAAGGUAACCUGACUGAGAUAUAUUUUAACUUCUAAAAAGAGUUAUUUGAAGUUCCUCUCGUAGAUCAACAAACUGCUUUUGCCCAACAUGAUACAUGGAGAUUUGAAAAAGCUACUCAGAUGGAGAGCCCUAUUGGAGCUGCUUGGAUUGAGUUUUGGUGGGGUGUGGGAGUAAUUACCUUUUUUUAUCUUAUUGUGUAUUUAGUAGCCUGAUUUAUAACUUUUUACUGUUUUCUUUCCUCCUUUUCUCAUGUUUUUCUCCGAGUUCGACUGUGCAGUUUUUAAAGGAUCCAUUUUUAGAGUUUGUUAUUUAGAACUAGAAAGGAAGAUGUAACAGUUUCUAGUACAAUGAGGUUAAACUAAUUAUAAUCCUUUCAGCUAAGCCCUGAUAUCAUAAAGAUAGACUCUGAAAUGGGGCACAUGUGACUUUUUAGAGAUACAGUUAAGACUUUAAGUGUACACCUGCGUAAUGCAAUGUGUAAAUGAAGCAAACAUGUGUAUGCCGGAAUUGGCUGCUGCUUGCUGCUGAGUAGUUUGGCGGCAAAUAUGUGGAACGGUUUUGAUUCUCUGCAAAGACACUGAGAGCCCUCAAACAUUCCUGUGCUACUUCUUAAUUCUUGGUGUUCUUACAACACUACUAGAACUGCAUACAUUUGAUGCUGCAUAUAUUACUGAUAAGGUUUACCCUUCUGUUCCCUCCAAAACUGAAUGAAAGGUAGCUCCAUAACUAAAAGGCACUUCAGUGAUUCUUAAAAUAGCAGUUACCAAGGUUUGUGCUUCUGAGAUACCUGUCACAUAAAUAAUAAAUGAAUAAAUGAGUUGCUCCUGUGAGCUCAAUUUACCCACCCAUCCUCUCAGA